AUGUCAGAAGGUCGUACACCAACCGCGACACUUACGCAGCAGCGACGACUGGAACCUGAUGAUGUUGACAUACUUCACCAAAUUGUGAUUAGAGCUCAAAAUGAUCCCGUAUCAGAGGAGAAGCCUAAAGAUGCGCUGUUGCAAGCAUACGGCGAGAUAUUUGAUGAACGUCGGCUCAGUCAGCACCAGGAUAGAGCAUGUUUCGACACUCUUCUGAAGCUACUCAAUCCUGCAACGCCUGGCGAGUCUUUGUACCAUAAAUUCGAGAACAUUUUGCAGGAGGAGGGCAUUGUGCUAAGUUACGAUGACGACGCGACCACUCACGAUCCGCCUACAGCAGACGACGAACAACUCUCUAUUCGAGCAGAUAGCGAGCCACUUCGACAGGCUUCAGAAAUUCUCGCAGGGGCUGAGGAAGGUGUUACAGAAACAGUUGGCGGCCAUGACGAUGCACAAGCCAUCAAGCAGGAGGCCUGGCUUGACAGCCCACCCUUGUACGUCAACCAUCUUCUCCAGCAAGCAAAAGUUCGCGAUAGAGCGGUACUUGCAAAGCAGACACUUGAUGCUUGGAGAUAUUCCGUGGAGCAAGUCAGAAACCGACAACUCGAAGCACGUGCGGACGCCCUCUACGAGUUACGACUCAAGCGCAAAGUACUGAAGCAAUGCCUAGCUGUUUUUGAAGACUUGCACAACUGUCAAGUCCAGGCCGACCAGAUCUAUCACCAUAAUCUUGCACGUAAUGCUCUGGGCAAGACAACUGACGAAUAUCGAGUACGUCGGGUCAGUUCUAUGGACGAGGAUCGUGUCAAGGGAUUAUCUCUUUACAAGUGGACUAUGGCAAGUCGCGAGACAAACUUUAUUCGCAAGAAGGACAGACAGCUCAAGGCGAUGAUCAUGUACAAGCUUGUUGACAUAUAUCGCGUCAAACAGGCCAAGGAAGCACAAUUACAAGGGCUACUACAUCAGAGAAACGUGCAGAAUCAACAGUGCUUACUGCGAGCUGUUGUGACGAUGAUGGGCGAGAAAUCCGCUAUUGCAAAGGCAGAUGAAGCUAGAGCUGACUUGCAGAAUUGCAAUACUUUGUGUCUGGCCUCUAUCAAUGCAUGGCGAGUCAAAAUGGGAAAGCUCGCUGGUCUGGAUCUCACUGCCGAGGACGCUCGCGAGUACUUCCUUAUGAAGCGAGUAUUAAGGUGCCUGCGGUCAGCCACACAAUUUCGAAAGGAUAGGCGCAGCUGGCUUGCGAUAUGGACGGCACGAAAAUGGCAAGAUUUUGUCAAGGCACGUAAGCAUGCGAGAUACGAUGAAGCCUACAGACAGAUGCGAAGAACUAUCAAGAUGAAUCUUGGUCGAAGGCUGCUACUCUUAUGGCAGCAGAAACUUCGCGACAACCAAGAGGAGGAUCUGAAAGCUGAUGCCAUCUACCAGACGUCUCUGAGAGAUCGUAUCGUGCGUCCGUUCGUCGAAGCGUCUUACGAUAGGCUGGAGUGGUCUCAGGAAAACAGUACUCGGGCUGACAGGAAGGCCGAUGAGUUCUUGCAAAAACGAGCUCUCGCUGCAAUACGAAUGAGACAGCAGUUGGUACUUGAUAUGUCCGAUAAGGCAGAUCGAUUGCAGCAGUACAGAAUGGAACAGCGAGCAGUCCAAGCCUUGCGUCAAAUGCAGCUUAGGGGAUUUGAACUGCAACGACGCCAAUCUGAUGCGGACGCAUUCCGAGGUCGACACGACAAAAGAGCUGUUAGGAGCAUGCUUGCACAGUUGCGGCACGUCUUUGUUCAGAGAAGAAUUGGUUCUGAAGGUGCUUUAAACUUGAUGUCUGUACCAGCCGUGACACCCGCACGAAAGAGGGAAGAGCUUCUGCUUAACAGUAGCACGAGAUUGAGCACUACUCCUGCUUACACACCGUUCGCUAUGAGGCUGAGGCAAGGCUUGAGAACGCUGGAGAACAUCGACGACCAGGAAGAAGAUGAUACGGAAGAUUCACAAGUCGAUGCCCUUGAUGAAGACACAGUCCUGUAA